AUGCCCAAGCAUCGUGCUGACACUAUUCUUAAAAGUGCACCGAAGCUUCCUUGCGACCGUGAUCAAAUUGCUGGUCGUGUUCGUCAAGAAGAGUACAUCCUUGAGAACGGCUUCAUGACCUCGACACCGUGUGAUUCCUGUGUCUCGUCCGGUGAGGAUUGCUGUGCGUCGUGCACUCGUCAGGGUCGCUCGUGCAAGAAGGAUUUUCAUACCGAAAAGGAGUGGGAUCUUCUCAAGCGUGCUGAGAAGAAGAUCGCUUCCAAGCUUUCCGCGACCGAUGACGAAUUAGAGCUCCUUUAUCCCGAGCUUCGACAAUUGCAAGAACAUUUAGAAAAGAUUCAGAAGGAGUUGAUGGAAAAGCAGCAGAAGGUUGCCGAGUCCUUGGCCCGACACUCCCGUCUUCGUAAACAACAAAAGUUUCUUAAGGAGCGUGGUUUCAAGAUGUCUGAACAUGAUGCUGAGUUGUUGCGGAUCUUGGAUGAGAAGAAGUCGUCCGAUCAGCCCGAUCCUGCUAUUGAAGCCCAACAGCUGGCUGCGACUUCUGAUAAUCCUGAUUUUAGUCAGAUGGUGGCGGAGAUUGAUCAGAUGCCCCCUUCCUUCUGGGAGAAUUUCGAUCUUUCUUCGAGCAGUAUUGUUGAAUGA